AUGGUUGACUUUGAUAUGGAGAUUGCUGGGCCUGAGUCUUUCCUCAAGAACAGGAGGUUUGGGAGCUACUUUGAUGCCAGUUCUGAGUUGAACUUGAACCCACCAUCAGAAGUAGCUGUCAGGGAAGAAAAGUUGGAAGAAAUGAAAAAAGCUGAUGCUUUUGUAGAUGAUGAUGGAAUAGUUGCUGUAUUGGUUUCUUGGAUUAGGAUUGUGGUUUGCUUUGUGUCAAUGAUGUUCACCACAUUCAUAUGGGCCUUGAUCAUGCUGGUGCUUCUCCCUUGGCCUUACCAGAGGAUUAGGCAGGGCAAUAUCUAUGGCCAUGUAACUGGCAAAAUGUUGAUGUGGAUCUUGGGGAAUCCCAUGAAGAUUGAAGGCAGUGAAUAUUCUGAUGAAAGGGCAAUAUAUAUCAGUAAUCAUGCUUCUCCUAUUGACAUUUUCCUUAUCAUGUGGCUGACACCAACUGGCACAGUUGGAAUAGCCAAGAAAGAGAUCAUAUUCUACCCUCUUUUUGGACAACUGUAUGUUUUGGCAAACCAUCUUCGGAUCGAUCGCUCCAAUCCAAGGGCAGCCAUUGAGUCCAUGAAGAAGGCAGCUCAAGCAGUAAUCAGAAAUAACUUGUCUUUAAUUAUAUUCCCGGAAGGAACAAGGUCUAAAGAUGGGCGUCUACUGCCAUUCAAAAAGGGUUUUAUACAUCUGGCCUUGCAAACAGGCCGGCCGAUUGUUCCAAUCAUCCUAACGGGGACUCAUCGGGCAUGGAGGAAGGGUAGCUUACACGUUAGGCCGACGCCUAUAAAUGUGAAGUAUCUUCCCCCGAUCAGAACAGAUAACUGGACAGCAGACAAAGUGGAAGAAUAUGCUGAAAUGAUUCAUGGUGUAUAUGUCAAACAUCUCCCAGAAUCUCAAAGACCCUUGUUGUAA